AAGCUCUGAUUUUGCUUUGUCUAUUUUCAUAACGUCAAAAUGAAAAUUGAUGCUACUCAUUGUCACAAUUUUUCUAAAUUUUAAGAUUUACAUCAAAAUUACAAUGUCGAAAAAAGUUCUUAAACAGGCCGCGUUACAAACCGCGGCCGGAGGAAGUGCCGGGUUUACGGAGGUAUGCAUAAUGCACCCUUUAGAUCUUAUUAAAACGCGACUCCAAAUUCAAACCGUUAAGCCCAAUGCGAAUCCAAAUGAUCCUACUUAUUACACUGGCAUCGUAGACUGUGUGAAGAAAAUGUACAAACACGAAGGAUUGGGUUCAUUUUGGAAAGGGAUCAUUCCUCCAAUCAUGGCGGAAACGCCAAAAAGAGCGCUAAAGUUUGUGAGCUUUGAGCAGUACAAAAGACUGCUUAUGUUCGACGGAAAAGCCACACCUUUGACUUUUGUUAUGGCAGGUACACUUUGUGGUAUAACGGAAGCGUUCGUAGCAAACCCAUUUGAGGUAGUCAAAGUAACCCUGCAAGCCAGCCGAGGUUCAGGCAAGGAAACGAAAGGCACGUGGGCAACUACCAAGGAAAUUGUUAAACAACACGGUCUUGGAUUAAAGGGCUUAAACAAGGGUCUUUCGGCAACGAUAUGGAGACAUGGAUUAUUUAAUUUAUUUUAUUUCGGCAUUUACAACAAUCUCAAAGCCGUAUUGCCGCCCGCGAAGGAUCCCACAGGAGAAUUUCUUAAGACAGUAGGCUGUGGAUUCAUUUCUGGAGUAAUAGGAUCAAUAGCCAAUAUACCCUUUGAUGUGGCGAAGUCUAGAAUUCAGGGUCCUCAACCAGUUCCUGGUCAAGUUAAAUACAAAAGCCUGUUUGGAACGCUUGCGAUAGUUUAUAAAGAAGAAGGAUUUGGCGCUUUAUAUAAGGGUCUUCUACCGAAAGUUCUUCGAUUGGGACCAGGAGGUGCAAUUAUGAUUGUAGUGUUUGAUAAAGUGUACGGAUAUCUUACUGUGACUUUCCCCGACUGAGUCUGCAGAAUUGUAUAUUUUGUGACCUGGGUGUCAAAUUUAGAAUAAAUUCCACGUCAACUUUU